AUCAAAGUCACAGAGCGUGUAAAUAAAAUUUACAAAAUAAUUUAUCGUGAGCUAUUUAAAUAUAAAACGAUGACACGUGGCUUAUAAUAUUUGAGUCAAGUAAUGAUAAAGUGGAGUCAACUGAGGAAUAUAUAUAUAUAUAAACAAUGAUUAUAUAUUAAAACGACAAAUUGAGAAAAUUAACAGUCGAAGAUGUAUCUCUACGCAGCAGCAUUUGCCAGCUACCUGGGAAUUGUGUCAAGUAGUAUUUUUUUUGGAUGGAGUUCACCAGUUUUACCAUUAUAUGAAUUAAAAGAUUCACCAUUUCAUUUAAAUGCCGAUGAGGGUGCAUGGAUCGCAUCAUUAUUUCCAAUGGGAUGUGCACUUGGUCCAAUAACAUAUCUACUUUUUUCUCAUGCUGGAAGAAAAACCCUCUUAAUGAGUGCUGCAAUACCUUGGAUAUCAGGAUGGAUGAUUAUCGCAUUUGCUGCUGCACCAUGGGAACUUUAUCUAUCGAGAUUUGUAUCUGGGAUUGGAACUGGCAUUGCAUUUUCAGUGACACCAAUGUACCUUGGUGAAAUAUCACCAGCAAAAAUACGUGGAAUUUUAUUAACAAUAAUAAUGAUGGCAUCUCGAUUAGGAAUAUUAUUUGCAUAUGUUGUAUUUCCAUUUGUAAAAAUUCAAACAAGUGCAAUGAUAUCAAUGAUGAUACCAGUAUUAUUUGUCAUGAGUUUCAUAUGGCUACCCGAAUCUCCAUAUCAUUAUAUGCGACGUGGAAAUCGUGAUAAUGCCGCUAAAUCAUUAUCAAAAAUACGUGGUAAAAAAAUUGACAUUAAUGAUGAAUUAAUAAAAAUUGAAUCAUCAGUUAAAUCAGAAAUGGCUAAUAGUGGUAGUUUUAAAGAAAUAUUAUUUAUACCGGGUAAUAGAAAAUCAUUACAAAUAUGCACAAUGCUUGGUUUAUUUCAACAGUUAUCUGGUAGUCAAGCGAUAAUGUUGUAUACUGAAAAAAUAUUUGAUCAAGCAAAUGUUGAUAUUGAAGGUAAAUAUUUAGCAAUAAUACUUGGUGUUAUACAAGUUAUUUGUACUGGUUUAUGUGCUGUUGUUGUUGAUCGUCAUGGACGUCGUCCAUUAUUAUUAUUUUCAACAAUUGGAUCAUUAUUAUCAACUGGUUCUGUUGCUAUUUAUUUUAAUUUAAAACAUGAAAAUUAUAAUACAAGUUCAAUUGAAUGGCUACCAGCAUUUGGUUGUAUGAUGUAUGUUGUAUUUUAUUCACUUGGUUUAGCUCCAUUACCAACUGCAAUGAUUGGUGAACUUUUUGCAACAAAUGUUAAACCACUUGGUUGUGCUAUUGUUGUAUUUGUUGCUAAUUUUACUGGUUUUUUAGUUGGUAAAAUGUAUCAAGUUGUGUGUGAUACAAUUGGUACACAUUUUGCAUUUUGGACAUUUACAUUUUUUAAUAUUAUUGCUGUGUUUUAUAUUUAUAUUUGUGUACCCGAAACUAAGGGGAAAACAUUACAAGAAAUACAAGAUGAUCUACAUAUUAAAGAAAUUAAAAAUGAGACUGUAAAAAUAUAAAUAAUUUUUUAUUUUUUAUUUCAUUUAAUAUUUAUUUUUAAGAAUCUCAAUAAUUAUCAUAAUAAAUCUUGUUUUUCUAAAAUUUAAAAAACAUAAUUAUAAAUUUUUUUUAAAAAUAUAAUUGUUGUUUUUUUUUUAAAUUUUUCUUUUAACUUUUAUUUAUUUAAAAAAAAAAUUGUAAAUACAUAUUGAUUUUGAAUUUAAUAGAGGUAAAAGCUUGAAUGUUUUAAUGGAUGAUUUAUUUCUGUCACAAAAAGCUUUAUAAAUACAGUGUGUGUGUGUGUGUGUGUGUGUGUUGAUUUAAUUGAACUUUAAAACCUCAAUUUUAUUAUUUAAAAAAACAAGUGUGUGUGUGUGUGUGUGUGUGUUGAUUUAAUUGAACUUUAAAACCUCAAUUUUAUUAUUUAAAAAAAAUACUAUUUUUAGUAUUUUUUUUAGUACUAAAUUUGAUUGAAUAUUAUUUUUAUAAUAACAAUUUAUAAUUACGUAAUUAUAAUUAACUAAAAGGUUAUUUAAAUUAUAAUUAAAUUUAUAAUUUACAUAUUGUAAAUUCAUUAUUAUAUGUAAAAAAAUCAAUAAUCCAUUUGUCAUAAUUAUCAGUGCUUUUGAUCACAAAGCUUGUAUUAAAUUAAUUAAAAAUAAAUUAAUAUUAAUGAAAUAAAAAAA